AUGGAGGUGAUGAAGGAGAAAUUUGCAAAGCUGCUAUUAGGCGAGGAUAUGUCUGGGGGAGGAAAAGGAGUUUCAUCAGCUUUGGCAUUGUCAAAUGCAAUCACAAAUCUGGCAGCUUCUGUGUUCGGAGAACAAAAGCGAUUAGAGCCCAUGUCACCAGAUAUGAGAGCAAGGUGGAGAAAAGAGAUCGAUUGGCUCUUGUCUGUCACAGAUCACAUUGUUGAGUUUGUUCCUUCAAAACAAAUGUCUAAAGAUGGAACAAACAUGGAGGUCAUGACAACAAGGCAGAGAACUGACCUUCAUAUGAACAUUCCGGCCCUGCGCAAGCUGGAUGCAAUGCUUAUUGAUUGCCUAGACAACUUUAAAGAUCAAAAUGAAUUCUACUAUGUGUCGAAAGAUGCUGAUGACUCUCAGAAGGGGAAUAAUAACAGGAAAGAUGACAAAUGGUGGAUACCUACUCCUAAAGUUCCUCCUAACGGCUUGUCUGAAGUCACAAAGAAGUGGCUGCAGUUUCAGAAGGAUUCAGUUAAUCAAGUACUUAAAGCAGCAAUGGCGAUAAAUGCGCAAGUUCUUUUAGAGAUGGAAAUACCUGAGAACUACAUAGAGUCACUCCCUAAGAAUGGAAGAGCAAGCUUAGGAGAUUCAAUCUACAAGAGCAUAACUGAUGACUACUUUGAUCCUGAUUAUUUUCUUUCCUCAAUGGACUUAUCAUCAGAACACAAAAUUCUCGACCUCAAGAACAGAAUCGAGGCAUCUGUUAUAAUCUGGAGGAGAAAGAUGACCGCAAAAGAUGGGAAGUCAUCUUGGAGUUCAGGCGUGAGUAUGGAGAAGAGAGAGAUAUUCGAAGAGAGAGCAGAGACUAUAUUACUUCUUCUUAAGCAACGGUUUCCUGGAAUUCCUCAGUCCUCACUUGACAUCAGCAAAAUACAAUAUAAUCGUGAUGUAGGCCAAGCUAUUCUGGAAAGUUAUUCAAGAAUAAUAGAGAGCUUGGCAUUCACAGUCAUGUCAAGAAUAGAUGAUGUUAUACAGGCUGAUUCAAAUGCACAAAAUGCGCCAGCUGGAUUACAAAAGAGGUCCCUGAAAAGGGAGACAUCGCCUUUUACAAUGGAGAAAUUCCCUAACGCGAAAGAAGAAGUAGAGAGGCUAAAUGCAGCAGAAACACCGAAUUCAAUGACCCUUUCGGAUUUCAUGGGCUGGUCGUUGGAUCAAGCAGAGGCAGAAUUGAAGAAAGAUCCCAACCAAGAUACUGACAGUACUGACAUGAAGUUAUCUAGCAAACCAGCUAACGUUGUGACCAACAAGAGAAUUUCCUACAUAGAAAGACUAGAGACCUUAGGUGGUUCUAGAAGUCCAACAGCACGACACUAA